AUGACAUCGACCCACAAUAUACUGCUAGAUCCUCUACCUGAGAUCCGCGCUGCCUUAUCAUCCAAUUCAUUCGGAGUCAGCGGUUCUAAAGUGAUAGAAGAAAAAUCUUUUCCCAGAACCGAAGAAGAAUUAAUUAGUGUCAAGGAUGAGACUAGGUCCACGGGAAUAACACCUUCUAGAGUAGUGGGAAGAGCUGAGAUUGUUCUGAAGGAUGAAGAGGGGAUAGUCAGUCUAAGGCUGGAUAGGAGUGGCUGGACUAUAGAUUCCGCUGAAGGAUCCAAUGAACUUUCCCAAAAGGUAAAUAAGACAUAUGAAAGUCUAGAGACACUCUUGAUUGACAUCAGUGAAUCUUAUGUCCAAGCUAUGAAUCAAGAAAUAUGGAAGAGGUUUGGGAUGGAGAAGGAGAACUCCGAGGUGGAAGAGGAGGAUAAUGCAGAGAGAAGUAUAUGA